ACUAAGCAUCCAAACAUCAAACAACCCUGGCACAUAGGAUGUCUCACAGCAAAUUUAAAGUGUUUUAACUGAUAAAUAUAGUUUUUCUACUGAGUUUAGUGUGGAUGGACUUGCAGUGUUUGUUGCGGAAGUUAGGUUGGCAAGACUUGGCAAGCUACCCCAGCUCUACUGCUGUCCGUAACAUUGUUUGUGGUGCACGCUCGUAAGAUGGAGAGUGGAACAUACUUUUCCAGUGAGUCCAGCCAAGUCCCUGGGCGUCGUACCCCGCUGGGGGCCAUGGGACUGGGGGGCUACUACUACCCCCCUGGACCUCCUUCAGAUGAGAACACUCCUGAGCCUAGUCCCCAUCACUCUCACAGACUGACUCCAAACCAUCUUGGUGGGCCUGGUAGCAGCUCGUCAGGUCUUGGAGGUAAACCGAAAAACCGUCAAGGAAAGUCAGUCCGCCUCAACAUUAACGCUCGGGAACGACGGAGGAUGCAUGACUUGAACGAUGCUUUAGACGAACUUCGCAGCGUCAUUCCAUACGCUCACUCCCCAUCCGUCCGCAAACUAUCAAAGAUAGCAACGCUUCUACUCGCCAAGAACUAUAUUCUGAUGCAGGCCAAUGCUUUGGAUGAACUUCGCAGACUCAUAGCGUAUCUUCAGGCACAAGGCCCCAUGUCUAUGCCCCCAGGGUUCGAUCUCCAGGCCAAUCUCUACCCUGGCAAGCCUCCGUCCUCCCCUCCACCACAACCACCCUCUGAGCCACCUCUCUCAUGAACUAAUCAAGACUGAAAUUGCUACAGACGCUAAAGCACUUUCAUGUAUGUUCUAGUCAAUUAAGUUCCUCCUUGCAGCAAUAUUUGCCAACAGUUAUAUAUUGAUUUCUACGAAUGAAGAAGACUUGCGCCAGGGACGUAGCACAAACUAGAGUUAUUUUUUAUCAAAUCUUUUUGAAAUGUUUCGAGCUCUGUACAGUUUGAACAAAUAGUUUGGUGUGUUCUGAUGAAAACAUUCUGUGAAAUACUAGCCAUUCUAUGAAAUGAUGAUACAUUAUAACCUUCCACAUUUACCUUACAUAGUCUAAAUUACCGAAAACGAGAAGUUAUCAGUAAAUUAAGGUCUGCAUUGAGUUUCGUCGCAACAAAGGAAGUUAGAUCAAAUCCGAAACUAAUGCCAUGUUUCUCAUGUCAUCCAAUACUUCUAGCCAGGCCACUCUUAUUAACCGGGGAAAACAGUUAGUUAAUUGAAGGGAACUCACUUUUUUUCAAAAGGAACGUUUCAUGAUGUUGGACUCGGAUUUGAUAUAGCUUGCGUGGCUGUGACGGUAGCUCAGCGGAGAACCUAAUUUAAGGACAAUGCUCACUAUUCCUUACUGAAUCCCAGCCGAACCAGACUAUUUUUUUCAACUGCUCUCUAAUUUCUAUGGAUUUGUCUCCAAAAUGAUAAGGAUCAAAGUCAAAUUAUCCUAAAUUCGUACUUUAAAUCACUUGUCACUGUAAUUUAUGUUGUAACUAGUGGUUAAUUUAAUUUAGCAUAUUUUUUUCCUUAAAAAAUUGAUGGGGCGAAAUAUAAUGAAAAAAACUGACAAAACUGUGCAACCAAAUAUUAGUAAGAAAAACAAAUUUAUGAGUAGAUUUUCACUUCUAUAGUUCGGCCGCUUAGAAAACAACCUGCGCGCUGAUGCUAAACCAAUGCUGGAGGAGGUCGUUUUCUAAGCGGCCGACCUAUAGUUACUUCUUGAGCAAAACUUGAUUCGUGAAAAAGCUGAACUGAUCCAGGAAAAAUAAAAACCAUAAUCAUGAUGUAAUUUUCUUAUCUUGGGGAAUGGUUGCUGAUGUCAAAGAAAAUUACAAACUAAGGGUCCCAUAAGAGUUGUUUUAGUUUUUUUUUUUUUUACAAAUGCUUUGCUAUUGAUUUUUGUUGGG